AUGGCAGUCUCAAAAUUGCGAGAUCUCAUCAGUCACCUCUCUUCGGCAGACUCUCUGCGCCCCGAUUUUCUUGGUCGUCUUGGCUAUUUGUACUCGGAUAAGCUGUUUUACAACUACAAACUUGAAGACUUGAAGAUGGCAUUGGAAGUACAUCAAGAAUGUCUCAGCCUUGCAGGGGACAACGUCGUUGAACGAGCAAAUUGGCUACGUCAUCUUGGAUGCUCUAAGCUUGCCGCUUACCGAGAAUUCAAGGACGAAAAUGAUCUACAAGAAUCCAUCAAGUUACUCGAGCAAGCAAAAGAUCAAAACCUUCACGACAAGGAGGUUCUACCAGGCCUCGCUAGUGCCUACCGCUUCAAGUGCAUGAUUACGAGGGACAUCAAAGACAUUGACGAUGCCAUCGAGCUAUAUAUAAGUUCCCCUCUCCCGGAUGCCUACCGCAUCCGAUUUGAGCUGGCAAAGGCGCCAGAAGACGUGAGGCUGGCCAUAACAAAUCUAGAGAAGGCUCUCGAGCUAGCUCGAAAGGAACUGGAAGUCUCAGAUGUUGUUCAGAUCAUCCAAAGUCUGGCAAAUUGCUAUCUAGCUAUGUAUCAUGACGGUGGCACUCUCGCCGAUGUCGAACAGGCCAUCCGCUACGCACAGGACGCUGCGGGUGUUGAGGCGCAAGAAGCCUCUCAAGUCGUCAAUGUUACCGGCCUAUUGGGGCUAUGCUACACCACCAAGUACAAGGUUACACAAUGUGAGGACGACCUUCUCAAGGCUAUCGAAGCCGAUGAGAGCGACCUUUAG